AUGGCUACUCCAAGCAAGAAGAAAAUAUCUGUAGAACAACUAAAUUAUAUGGUGGAUUUUAUUACAAAAAAUAAAAUUUUGCUUCACAGAAAAACCAAGCCUUCAGAAGCUAACAACAAGCUUGUUGAAAAAUUAUGGAAUGAGCUUACUUUAGCUUUAAAUGCUAUAGGUUGUGGUCCCAGCAAAUUAAAAUUACAAUGGAAAAAGACUUUUAUUGACUGGAAAAGUUAUACCAAGAAAAAGACCCGAGAUGUUAUUAGAGCUAAAAAUAAGACGGGCGGCGGGGGUGAAGCAGACUCAAAAAUAUUAACUCCUGUAGAGGAGAAACUAAUGACUGCCCUAUCAUACAUUACAGUUACGGGGGCAGAUACACUAACAGAUUGGAAGUGCAAAACGAAAGCGAAAGCAGUUUCCUUAAGAAAGGCACAGCAAAAGACUGGUGCUGGUUCACCUCAGCAACCUCUUUUAUCCACAUUAGAGAAUAGACUUUUAAGUAUUAUGGGGGUCACUGCUGUCAUUGGUAAUGAGUCUGUAUUCGAAUUAGGUUUUGGAGAGAACCAGGUAGAUGAAACUCCAACCAACCAGCCCAGCACUUCUCGUGCCAAUUCGGAAAGAGAUGGAGGAUCUAAUAAAAGCGUUAAAAGAAAAUUAGACCACCAAAAUAAUACGGGAACUAGUAAUAAAAAACCAUUUCGACGUAGGCCAAUGGCAGUUCCAUUAUCAAAUGAACUAUUGGAUCUUAAUAGACAAUCCGUAGAGCUUUUGCAAAAUGUUAGCAAUAAUACUGAUAAUAUGGCAAUAUCUCUGGAGAGCAUUGCCACAUCAUUGAAAAUAAUGGCCGAGAUUUUAAAAAAUAGUGGGUCAAGCCACGUUAAUCCAUCGUCCAUUAAUACAUUGGACAACAAUACCAAUGACGACAGGUCAGGUAGUGACUUUUCAUCAACAACUUCAGAAGAUGUUACUACUGGAGAGUCCAAUUAUAGUCCAUCAGUAAGUGACGCUAAAUCAACAUCAUCCGAAUCGCAAGUUUCCUUAUCAUCUCGUAUUAGCAAUAUAUUAAACGAAGAUAAAGAAAAUGCUAAAGAAGUUAAUAAGGAUAAAAAACCAAGAAAACGUAAAUGUGAUAAAUCUACCUGGAAGAAAAAUUUGGCGAAAAAGUUGAAAGAUCAAGGAAAAGCAUACGUAUCGUCUACUACUAACAAAUCUAUGAAAGAAAGAACUAUGGGCCCUCCGUGCAAAAAUACAUGUAGGCUUAAAUGCCACUUAAGUAUACCCAAUGAAACAAGAGAACGGAUUUUUCAAGAACAUUGGGGACUUGGAGAUAAUAAUAAACAGCGCGACUUUAUAUCCUCAUGUAUUGUUGCCAUCAAACCCAAAUAUCAGUACCAUGUUCAUGAAAAUAAACGUCGAGAUAAUAAUGCAUUUUAUUUCACGUUCAAUGAGACUAGAAUAAAGGCCUGCAAAACAUUUUUUAAAUCUACGUUAAAUAUCACAGAGUAUUAA